GGCUGUGCCGCGGAGGGGCUCCCCGGCUCCACUGCCCUUCCUCUCGCAGGAACUAGCGAGCCAGGGAACAGGGCGGGCGCCGCCCGCGGCUACCGGCGCUGGGGGGCUGGAGAGCGCCCAAGAUGGCGGCGGAGUCAUCACUUCUUUGCCACUCACGGAGCAGCUCCAGCUCUAAGCCAGGAGGAAGAUCUGAACCUGCUAAGCAGCCACUAAAGAAACCAAAGUUACCAGUAGGUCGGUUCGAUGAACCAGAAGAGUCCAGCAUGGAGAAGGAACCCCUGGAAAAACCUGCAGUCAGCACUUUUUUGGAGCUGUUUUCCUGCUCUUCCCAGAUAAUUGCUAUUAACAAUUCACUGGAAUUUAGCAUUAGGGAGAUGUGCUGCAUCCUCUCAUCCCCUCACUCAGGAAGACCUCUGAUGGAAGAGCAACUGCCAGGGAGAAGCUGAACGGCACUGAAGAGGUGCAGGAGGCAGCUAAUGUGUGUUUGGGCAGCUGAUCACCAGAUGGUCGGUCCUUCCUAUAAAAUUAUUUGUAGAGAAGUGUGAAUAAUACUGGGUGUAUCACAGAGGCCUGCUGGGCUCCACAAACCCUGUGUGAGGGGAAAAACAGAAUGCUCAGUGCAGGAUCUGUGCCGCUACUGUGGUGCUUCAGAGGGAGCCAGAAAGCAAAACAGCACAGGUACGUAAGGAAAGAAUAAACUUUUUCAUUUUGCCAUAUUAUAUAAAUAAGGGUGGCUGGAUAAUGAGGUGGCCAAUAGUGUGCUGUUUUAUGGAGGGGAGGAGAGACAGGAGUAGGCUUCUCCACAUGCACCAAGCCUUGUGCUUAACCUGGACCCUGGUCUCUGUUUCUGGAGUCUUUCCUUCCAUUCUUGUGUGUCAAGGUCACUGCAACAUCUGAUGUUUUAUUAUAGCCUUUUCCUUGUUGCAGCUAGUCCUGCAGUGCUGGUCUGGCUGGGAUUCCUGCAUUUCAGAAAACCCCAGCUGACCAAGGAAGCCCCUCAGCACGUCCAUCAGCAGGUCCCUCAUGUAACUCCUUAAACCCAAAAUGUUUUGAACCCUUGAAUUGGCAUCUUGUGGAGGUAGGCAAAUAUUUGUCCCUCACUAAGAAGAAUGUCCCUGACCUGCAGUGUUGGUGCAUACAUUUCAUGUCUGAUCAUCAGCAGAAAAUGGAAAACUUACUAGUUUAUUUCAUACCAUAGUAGAAGUUUCAGUUCUUACCUCUUUCCAUCUCUGCUUUGACAUUAUUCCAAGACUUUUUUCCUGUCACAGAAGUGAGAGUGUUUUUUCUUUCAGUUUUUAUCAAAAAAAUGGUUAUGUCCUUUCCAAGUUGUGUUGAAACAGGACUGAUGGCAGGGCAGGAUUUAUGAUGGUGCUGGCAUUAGUUUAGACCAUGGUGGCACCAGGAAACAUGGUGUUCGUUUGUUAUCUCUGAGCAAAGGAAAGAACAAUUCCUUCUGGCCUUUAGGAGAAAACUAAUGUAUUAAGGAGCUUGUUUCAGCAUCUUGUGAUUGCUGGGAGAGAAAUUUUAAGGUGGGGAUCAGAAAUUUGGCAAGAAAUCCCUCCAACAUUUUGAGCUGCCUCAUCUGUAGGAAAUUUUCAUCCAGCCUAAUUUGGGAAUAGCAGCCCAAAUUUCACUUUGUAGUCUGCAGAACGCUUUCUGUCUGCAGUACUUCAGCAGCCAGAAACAUAUUUCUAAAACUUCAGGAGUGGUCUGGAUGUUGUACUGUUCUGGACACACAAGAAACAUUUCCUUAAGCCUGUGUCUUGUGCAUUUUUAGUGUUGUUCUUUAAAAGUUAGGCUGUCUCCAAGGAAGUUUCCUCAUCAGAAGCAGUUUUUAGCAUGAGUAUGCUGCUUUUAUAAACUCAAGGACAAGAGACCUGGAUUUACUGUAGAUUCUGGAAGGGUUUGGCAUACUGGAGACUGACUACUGAUGCCUUGGUAAUUUGUUGACACUGAUUGGCAUGCAGGGCCUUUCCCUUAGUCCAUGAGCAGUAGAACACACUGCAGUGCUUCCCUGGUGGCACACAGGAAGAAUAAAUUCUGUGGGAAAGCAGUCAGCUGAGUUUCCUGUGGACAGUAAGGCAUGGACAGUGUGACCCGGCAUGUAGCUGCCACAGACCUCUCUCACACACCCUCUAGGCUACAUCCAGUCACAAAUUCAUCCUUUCCUAUCACCUCACUCCCAGUACUUUCAGCUCUUUUCCCUAAUUUCCUUGACUACAAGCUGGGCAAACCAAAGCAGCUGCAGAGUAUGCAGAUGACACUGCUUUCCUGCUGCCCCAUGUAGAUGCAGGACAGCUCACAGGCUUGCUUAACAGCAAGAGGAAGCUUUGUCCUCUCAAGGCAGAUGGGCUCUGCAGGCUGCUAAGCCCCCAUUGUCCUGUCAGACACCGUACAGGCAGCAGUCUGGACUCUCAGCAUUUCCUGCUGAGUACUAAUCAUGGGGUUCUUCUCUCUGGUCAAUGUAUGUUGUUCGUCUCCAUGGAAGGAAGCUGCCUCCCACACAGAGCUGAAAAUGAAAAUUGUAACUGUUUCUAGAACAUGAAUAUCUACAUACAUUUGCAUACUCUUAUUCACACAGAUAUAUAUAUGUACACACACACCCCUAAUACAGAAUCAUUUGCCAAUUUCAUCCCUGUGUGGGAGGUUGAAACUUUAUGGAACCAUUUCACAAUGCAUCAAAACUUCAUAGAUCACAAUUAUAAUAAAGAGUUUUAUGUAGUAAAAGUACAGCUAAUAGUGUUUCUUCUGGAGUUUAUAUUACAUAGAAUUUUGAAAACUGAAAAAGUUACAAGCAGAUCAAGACUGGUUUAAAUACUAAUUUCUCUUCUCCACUUCUGAAAAGUUGUUUAGAAAAUGCGUAUUUUUGUGGCUAAUAAAGAGGAAUACACCAAACUGUAAAAGAACUGAUUGUGUCAGCAGGAACUAUGGCCAGAGUCCAUCUAGGCCUGCAUCUUUCAUCUGACAAAGGUAUCACCAAGUGCUUUGGUAGAAGUCCUCUUGUAAAAGACAUUUUGAAACAUCAGUGGGACAAAUGUUUGUUUCAGUCUUCUGUUAUGUCUUACCAUGGUCUGACAGUUUAGUUUUUAAGUCUGUGUGGUUUUUCAAUACAAUUCUCUUACAGACCCUGUGUUUUCAAGCAGUUCUUUGUCUUGUACACAAAAUAAAUUGUCUAGAGACAAGACUAGACAAUAGGUAUAAACUAACUUUGGAAAUCAUUUAAGGAUCAGCUGCUUCUUUGAAACUCUUUCUAAUGGUUGUUUUAAUGCUAUAAUUAGUCAAGAGGACCUGAAGCGUUUCCUAAGUGGGAAAAGAGAGUCCAUAAAAUGAUAAAAAUCAUUAAAGGAAGUAAUUUAGAGCAUAAAUUUAAGAUAGUAGAGACCUCAAUAGCUGUACAUUUCUAGUGAUUUUAGUGUAUUUGAGACUGAAUCCAGUGUGAAUAAAGAUAUAUUUUUUCCUCAUUGCAAAUAUUCAGUUGAAGCCACAAGAAGGCAUGUUGGGUAUUUCUCAUUUGUAAUAACAACAUCAUUAUGCUCUUAGAGUAGUGGGAGAAGAAAAUUUGAAAUGCUGCCAGAUGCAGUUACAUUUCUCAGUGGAGAAAUCUGAGUAUAUCAGUCUUUUGCUUAGUUCUGUUUACAAAGUUUACACUCAGAAGUGAAUCCUUGCCUUUGCCUAUUCAAUUUUAUGGCUUUUAUUUUCACCUGAAAUUCUAAUAUGAUCAGUAUCUAAUUUCUGUGAUCUGUACCGUGUCUUCUAAUUGCAUGUGCCAAACAAGUGGAUGGAGGACUGUGCCAUUCUUGGUUUCUCCUCAGGUAUGCACAAUUUGCUGUAUUCUUGACAUUAAAAAAUGAUUUCUGGCCAACUGUA